AUGGACUCAAAUACAAGCAUAAUAAAUUUUAUAAUCCAACUUGACAAAUCUAAUACUCCUUCGAUCGCUUCUGACACAAAUGAUAGUUCUGACCAUGAUAGACUAAGACAUAGUAGAUUAUUAGCUUACAGUCAACAACUGCAGGUAGAAGAAAAUGACGAUGAAGAAUUUUGUGCGCAUGUUAAUAUUUACCGUGAACACAAAAGUCAUUUAGAACAAGAUAAAAAAGCCCGUACUGAAUUAGAUAUUGAAGCUCUUGAUGAUGAUCUUUAUGAGCCUAUUCAAGAUACUUUUCUCCAUAAACAUAACUCAACUCCUUCAACGUCAAAUAGUGUUGAUAUGAGUUUUCUUUUACCCACAUAUAAUAAUAACGGAAUUAAUCCUUAUAAUGGAACUGUAAUAGAUGGCAUAUGGAGUUAUAAUUAUCCCAAUGAUGUUAAAGACGUUUAUUCAUAA